UGUGUCACAUGUCCAGGUCACGUGAGUACACACUAACUGUAGGCUCUCUCCUGGACAUGUACACACGUGUGUAUUUCUGUAAUUAGCUUUUGUCAGUCAUGUCGAAACUUGUAGAUCGAGGUACACAGAGUCCCACAGUCCCACAGACAUUGUCAUGAAGAAGAUUUAGGAUAACGGGUAGCUGAUGUAUAACGGGUAGGAUAAAGGGUAGCUGUUGUAGCUAUAGUCUGGACUUUUGGUUAGCUGUGACUCUGAUUCGACUCCCCAAAUAAGAAAGCAGGCUAACUCGAAACACUACAAGAUAGCAUUUCUCAAUCCUUGUAAGGCUUGGAGGCUGGACAAAGGUUAACUUCAGUGUCACUUAUUUGCAGAUGGAAAUAUACCACAUCUGAAUUUAUGAAAAGGAUCACUUACUGGUAAAAAGGUAACAUACUACCUAAUGUAUGACAAACCUGCUUCUGAGCCAUGCUGCGGAAAUAGGUUAAGAGGAUCAAAGUUGCUUUCUUAUAUCAUUUGUUAGGAUUUUAGUCUUUGAGAUACUUGAGAUCGAUGCAGAGUGAAAUCACAGCGUGAUUAGAUUACUGUACACUAUGGCAUAUUCUGCUGUGAGAGUCAAUGGGACAGGGGAAUGUAAAGAGGAAAUGAUGGCAAGCUGUAAUGAAGCUGAAAAAGAGCUCAAGGAGCCACCUGAGCAUGACGUCAACUCUAAGGUAGAAGUGAAUACUCAGCCGCAAACACCUCUGGCCUGGAAAUGGUCAGUCACGUUCCUCUGUUUUUACGGCUUCAUGGUUCAGCUGAAGCCAGGCGAGUCUUUCAUCACUCCUUACCUCCUUAGCACAGAGAAGAACUUCACCAGAGAGCAGGUCACUAAUGAGAUUAACCCAGUGCUUUCAUAUUCAUACAUGGCUGUACUGGUGCCUGUGUUUCUGCUGACUGACUACUUACGCUAUAAGCCUGUCUUGGUCCUGCAAAGCAUGAGCCAUGUCUCCAUUUGGCUCCUACUACUGCUGGGCACAUCCUUGUUGGAGAUGCAGUUCAUGGAGUUUUUUUAUGGCAUAACGAUGGCAGCACGUGUGGCCUACUCCUCUUACAUUUUUUCACUUGUGCCAGCAAAUCUGUAUCAGCGCGUGGCCAGUUACUCGCGUUCCUCUGUGCUGCUGGGGGUGUUUAUCAGUUCAGUGAUGGGCCAGCUGUGUAUGUCGCUGACUGGCAUCACAUACAACACGCUAUGUGCCAUUUCACUUGGCUUUGUCUCCUUCGGCCUGUUGCUCUCCACCUGCUUGCCCUGGCCAAAACGAAGUCUGUUUUUUAACCAGAACUACAGGGAUGGAGAGAGAACUGCCACUCAGUCAGAACUUGACAAAAUAAAACCUGAUGAAAUGAAUACAGAAGGUGAAAAGGCCUCAGCAGGUGGCUGUUGCAGUCAGAAAACCUCCUUCAGCAUGAACUCUGUGUUCAUUGAGAUGUUGAAGGAGGUGCGCAAUGUUGUGAAAGUCCCCAGCCUGAGACUCUGGAGCCUGUGGUGGGUGUUCAACUCCACUGGCUAUUACCUGGUGUUGUUCUACGUGCAUAUCCUCUGGAACACGUUGGUUCAAGCCACGGAGCAGAAGCAUGUCUACAAUGGAGGAGUCGAGGCUGCCUCAACUCUGCUUGGUGCGAUCACGUCAUUUGUGGCAGGAUUUGUGAAGAUUCGAUGGACAGUCUGGUCAGAGCUGGUAAUUGGGGUGAUCACUGCAGUCCAGGCAGGUUUGCUGCUUCUCAUGGGCACCACCACCAACAUCUGGGUCUGUUAUGUAACCUAUAUCCUCUUCAGAGGUUUCUACCAGUUCCUGGUUCCUAUUGCUACUUUUCAGAUUGCCUCCUCUCUCACUAAGGAGCUAUGUGCUCUAGUCUUUGGAAUAAACACUUUCCUGGGAACAAUCUUGAAGACUGUUAUUACUCUCAUUGUAGUAGACAAAAGAGGCCUGGCUCUGCCAGUACACUCACAGUUUUUGGUCUACUUUUUUUACUUGGCCGUGUUGACGGUGGUGUAUUUAAGCUGUGCCGCAUGGGUUAUCACACAUCAUUGCCGCAAUCAGGGGCAAGAGCAGGUUCCCACAGAGGCAACUACACCAAUAGAGCUCAGCCCUGUGGAAAAAGAUCCCUCUGAGAUGAGCCCUCUCUCUAAUGGAACAAAUGUCAGGGCCUGAAAAGGAAGUGUAUUCUACAGUCCUCAUGGUGAGGUUCUCUCUCGUGGGAUUGUUUGGUUUCCUUCUCUUAUGAGGUUUCUGUGAGUAACUGUGCAUUAUUGACACAUAACAUAGAAAUGCACUUUGUUUUUAUUAACUCUGAUCAUUUGAGUUUAGUACAAAAACAAGGACCUUUUUAUCUGUGUGCAGAAGGUAAAGAUUUUCAUAUCUCUACAUGAAAAUUGCAAGAAAUAAAAUGCAGAAUUUCACAUAUUAUGCAUUACAAAAAAAAGAGGAUAAGGGAGAAAGUGGAAAUAAGUUUUAUCAAGUUUAUUUAACACAGUAUGGCCCUAAAAAAAAUAGGAAAUAAUUGCAGAUGACAUCACUUAUCUGACUAACCUUAAUUAGUCAUGUGAAAUCAUAAUAGAUGGAAAUCAUUCAUAACAAAAUAUUGAGAUGCCUAGUUUAUGAAAUUGCUGUAUUAAAAAAAAAUUAAGACUUAGUAACACGGCAUUCUUUAAAUAUAUUGCUGUGAAUAGGAAACUUGACUGACAGAAGUAAGAAAAUUGGGUUACAUUGUAAAGCAAUUAUUUUGAAGGAUGUGGAUAAAUUUAUAGAUGAAAUGUUUCCCUGUCUUGUACAUGUCUGUUUAGUUAAACUUAGCAUAAAUCCAAUUUUAAUAUGGUAUCUACACUUUUUUUUUUUUUUUUUAAUUUGCUGGUUAAUAAUUUGCUUUGUACAUUUAUUUUGGAACAGGGAACAUCAUCAAUGUGAUACAGAGGUUAUAACUGAUUGACUUUUUUUGAUAAUGGUGAAGUGCAUAGACUUACUAAUAAUCUGAUUAUUAUUUCCCAGAUCUCAUAAUGUAUUUUGUUUGAGAUAAAAUUACUUUAAGCUAAAAACUUUAGUUCAGUAUAACAUUCAGGAUUCUGUUAAAAUAUUUUUUCAUUUAUGUAAAAAUACCUGGACAUGAUGUUGUCUUGGUGUGGUUCUGCAGGACCAUUUUAUCUUGUAACUGCCCUAUCGAAAUGCUGGAUAUUGUUCAUUUGAAAGAAGUAGGUUUUUGUGGCCUGACAUGCAUGCAUAACAUAUUGAAUUUUUUUGUAUGAUUAGUUAUUGACUAUAGCACUGAUCUGAUGCUGUGUAAAAUAUGCCAGCCUCUCAUUACUCUCUCCCUCCUCCCUCUCGGUGAACAGAGAGAAAUGUUCUAGUAUUGACACUGGCAUGCUAGUCUGUGUAGAAGUGCAUCAGGCACAGCAGCCUUGUCAGGGUUUUUAAACAACUACUAUUCAACAUAUAUUCCAGUAACAGAGGUGCUGUGAUCAGGAAAUGGAAAUAGUUGCCUUUGAGGAUGUUCCUAGUAUCCAGUGAAUUCUAGUGGUUCAUACUUGAGAUGAUGUUUUUCUUUGUGUCCUCCCAUGUAACUUCAAUAUGGAAGCAAAUAAUGCUGCAAUGUUCCUCACUAUAGUGCAUGCUGGAGCUUUAGAUUUUGAAAUCUGAUGAGAGAUUACAUAACAGAUGUGUAAAUACACUUACAAUGGGUUACCAAAAGGAGGAAGCUCAGAGUGGCACUUCUUUUUGUAACAUGGAGAGUUACAGAAGUAGUUGUUUUUGUUUUUGUUAUCUUGAAUCAUAUUUUAGGUUUUUUAAAAAGAGACUUUUUUUUAAAAAUGUUUUAAAAGGUUCUACUACUGUCAGCUAGAAAUAGGAAUCUUGACCAGUAUCAGCAUGAUUUUAUAUAUACACUGCUGCCAUAUGAUUGGCUGAUUAGAUAACUGCAUGAAUGGACUGGUGUUCCUAAUAAAGUGGACAGUGAAUGUAGGUGCCAGAAAAACUGUUUAGAUUUAGGAAGAUAAUUCUUUGGUUAUCAGACAAUGUCUGUUGUUAUCAGACAAUGUCUAAACUUCUGUUUUGUCUGUAAUUGUUAUGGGUAAAAUAAACAAUGACACAAAAAACGGUGUACUGCGACAAUUUAUGAUCACAUUAUUAUUAUCUUGUCAGACUUUCUUCCAGGGUCCAUCAACAAGACAUAGUGACUGUGCUUAAAUAAGCAUCCAGUGUGUGCUUGAAGAACUGUGAUUUGUGCAAAAUACUGAUUCUAAGGAAAAUUUAUGAGAGUUUAGAGUUAUGCACUUCAAACUAUUUUGUUCGUUUAUAAUACACACUCGUUAGUAUUGAUACAGUGAUGCCUGCUUUUGUCAAAAGUUUAAAGGUAACAUUCACAGAAAACAGUUGUAUUUGAAUGUAUAAUGAUUUCUAAUAAAUAUUAUGUGAUAGGAAAAAGGAUCUCACCGUAUUGGAUAAGAGAUUGUUUAUAAAAAGUCAGUAAAUUCACUUCAAGUCUUGGACCCCAAGCAAAAAUGUGAUUGUAUAAAAUGAACUUCAUUUGCAUUUUCCAUUCACAUUGGAGAAACUGUUGUAAUAGGAAAUCCUUCUGUAUCUAACUUUUUUUUUUGUAAUAGGAAUUUAGGAAUAUUUUAAAUAAAUGAUCAUUCUUAACAAA